CGAGAGAGCGUCCGCUUCAAGUUUCUCGGCUCCAUUCGCUGUUAACGCUCUCUCCGUCUCUCUCUCUCUCUCUGUCUCUCUCUUUUCUUCCCUUCUUCUCUCCCUCUCCCUUCUUUUCUCUUCCCUCGCUCGAGAAACCGACGCGAAACGAGACCGCGCGGCGCUCGCUCGCGCGAGUGUGCGACGACGUGCGCUACCCCCCCGGUAUCGGAGCCGGUCGCGUGUGUGCUACGAUUUUGGAGAUUUAGGGGUACCGCAGGAUCUCGAGAAUCCAGUGAUAGUGUUGUCAGCAUCGGCGAUCGUCACCGGACCUGCUCGCGGGGCUUAACACCAGAGUCGUGGCUGACGAUCUACCAAACAUGUUGCGCCUCGUGAUUCUUUUCUUUCUAUGUAUCGCUGCUACUUAUACACCUGGCCACUGCGAGGCAAGGGCGUCGCGAGAUGUCGAGCAUGCGAGACUGCCAGAGUUCCUCACGGAAUUGGACCUGUCGAGUCUCGAGGCAUCCGAGGAAGACGUCGAAGCCCUGAAGAAAAUCGUAAAAAGGCUGGCGCCCGAGAAGAACGGCGAGUACCAAGUUUACCAAGUCUUCUUCGGUAACGAGGACCUUCUCAAGGAGUGGCUCAAAGGAGCGGACGUGACAGGGCAGCCCGGGGUGGAUUAUCCAGCUCUCACAUCGAUUCCAACCACUUCAUUCAGCUGUCGCGGUUUAAGAGGGGGAUAUUACGCGGAUUUAGAGACAAAUUGCCAAGUAUUCCACAUCUGCGACAAUGGACGGAAGAUCUCGUUUCUAUGUCCCAACGGUACCAUCUUUCAACAAUCGCAGCUUAUAUGCGACUGGUGGUUCAAAGUGGACUGUAGCAAGUCUACGGAAUUAUACGAACAGAGCGCUGAGCAAUUGGCCGAAGAGGAGAAGAAACGUGCGGACGCGAGGAAGAUGAAGUCUGAAUACCAUCGCGUGGAACAGCAGGAUAACGCGGAUUACUACGAGACCCAGAAUGUCGAUUACGACGGUAGACAGAACGGCAGGACGAAUCCGUACGGCCAGUCCGCUGUCAAUCAGAAUCAAAUUUCGGCGAAACAGGAAUUCAAGUCUACCCAGCACUUUAGAUCGAACAAUAAUCGGGAUUCCGGUCGUUAUUUCCAGGAAAACAGCGCGAACGCAUUGCGGACCAACGAGAAAACGAGCCAAACGACCGAGAGCUUUAACCAGCAACCGAAACAGCGACAGUAUCAUGACGGUAGCUCGAAUUAUCAGACGAACAACAGACAGAGAAAUCAAUUGGUGAACACGCAGGACGGCAGUAAGUUCAACUACGACCAGGGAAAUAAGUUCCAGGAUACUCGACAGAAUUAUCAGAGUAACGCGCAGGACUAUUAUCGGCCGGAUCAGAAUACGCCGCUCAACAACAAUGAGAAGCCGGGAUUCAGAGGUGCAAAGUCGCGAACUUCGACGCGAAAUAAUCUGUUCAGUUCUAAUCAAUCGCAAAAGUCUACGCCGGUUUACAUGGAGACGACGACCUUCCGAACCACGACCGCGGUGCCUCCGCGGGAAUACCAGCAGUUUGCGGAAAGCGCCGCGUUCGUGUCGAAUCGGGGAAAUCGCUUCAACUCGGGCAGAUCCGAGAACAAUCGGCAGUUCUAUUAUCAUUCGUACGAUUAUCAGGAUCAUUCCACGGUCGAUUAUCGCGAUCAGGAGACGACCACCUUGACGGCGCCAGAGAGAAACCAAGAGGCCGAAACAGUAUCCUUCACGCCUAAAACAAACGCUCCUUCGUUCCCGGGACCCACGUUCGCUCCCAUUUAUAAACCUAGGACGACGACGUUGCCACCUUACGAAACGACUUUGCAAUACACGCCGACCACCGAGACGUCCUUCUACAGCACAUCUUAUUACGGACAAGACGACACUCCGGAAACCACUGUUUACGCCAAUACCGCGACCGGCACAUCGUCCUUUGCAAAUGAGUAUUUAACUACGGAGUCCUACGCUACACAUAAUGAUCUGCAGACUCCUGCCGCGAUAGGAAGGGUACCGCCGCUCGCUGGAAAUUAUCAAAAUCAAUAUGUUGCUCACAGAGUGACUCAUCAGAGGGACACCGAUCGUGACACAGCCUCUUUCGUGACAACGCGUCCGUACUUAAAUACAGAAAGCUAUCGGCACAACGUGACGACUAAUGUCACGUCAAGCAUUAGCCAGGAAGAAGCUCGCGAUGCUGCAACUCGUUCCAAUUAUCAAAACGAGAACAAUAUAGCUAAUAUCGAAAUUAAAGGUACAACGAGGAAUCCCUCGCGCGCGUCCUCGCAGAGCUUCCGACAAAACUCAAUCAGCUCGACUGAAAAACCAUGGAAAAACACGAAUGCUUAUCAGCUGAACGGAUCUACUAGCAAGACCUUGAGUCCUUAUGAUACGAGUUUCACUUACAAACAAGGGAAAGUGCUGUCUACCUUAGGUCCUUAUAUACCAUUUACGAAGAAUUACGUUUACUCGACGAUGACCACAACUCCGACACCGAAACCAUCGGCUACCGUGCCGACUUACAGUUCCACCUUAACCAAUUAUCGCAUAACGGCGAACAAUCUUUUGCCCAAGAUGAAGUCUUCGGCCUCAGUAACGAGCAGGCCUAAAGACAGAGCAACUUAUCUGCCUGAGGUAAGCAGUAAGCAACCAACGAUCUUGGAAGACAGGCCGUAUGCCGAACGGGAACACGCGCUUAGCAUGUUGCAUUCUCUCCAGGGUCUGGAGAACAACGCGAAUGGUCUGAGUGAGAUCAGCAAGAAGAGCGGACCCGAUCGGAGCGCAUCUUUCGCGCCCGGUCCGUCUACCUUGCAUUCAUUAGCCCUGUACUUCGCCACAGCUGGUGACAAUCUGGACUCGAACGAGACCGCCGAGUCCACUGCGAGCGUCGAGCAUCAGGAGAUUGAGGGCAGAGAAGACGACCAUUCGCGUAAUGUGUCUAUUGAAUUACCCAUCAACAUCCUUACGCAACAUACCAUUACGUCAUACGCCGAGUUGUUCAACCUGAAUAAUGCACUCGAGGGGAACGCCACGAUAGCCGAAUUUGCAGCGGAGAUCGAUAACAUCACCAGUGAGAUCGAGAAAGACGAUGACGAUGAUGAUCUCGAAAUCGAGCAGAGCCAAGGCCCAUUGAACGGCGCGAAGAGAUCGAAUAAUACUAAGUUGCGCGAAUUGGCUCAGGUCUUCACUCACGCUUUAUCAGCAUACUUGCAGGAUCCGGACACCUUCAAAAAAGUGCUCACGGAGAUUAGGCCCACGCAACCUCCGGAUACGACGACCGACAGCGGUCAAUACGAGACGACAACGUUGUACCCGACCACGGUGGAGGAGUAUUCGUCGGUGACCAAGGAGAAGGAUGAGGUUCUGGAUUUUUCGGAUGACACGGAUGCAUCCAGGAGACGUAAACCAUCCACCGUAUUUCCUAUCACUUUGCAAUCAUCUACGACCACUGAUAAAUCAUAUUUGACUUACUACACGACACCGUACGACGAAUAUUUUUCAACGAGUGAGACGCGAAGACCGAUUUACUAUCCGAGUACGACAUUCUUACCGCCCGGAACUUCAUCGCCAGAUUCGGAAGAUUACGUCGAAUCGUCGACGCAGAGUGGCAACACAUUCGCUUUUGAAGUAAAUCGCGCUUUCACCACCACUAUAGGCAACAUUCACAAUUAUGACAGCGAUACAAGAGACUCGACUGAUCUGUCACCGGUCUACGAUAAUUAUUUCCCAUUGUAUGAAGACGGAAAUCGAGAUAAGAUCGGCGGGUCUCGCAAUAAUACAGCGAGAACCUUUCAGCCGUAUGGCAAGAACGUUAAGCCGAAGGACGCUACGCCUAUAAGUAAUUACGUGGCAUCGUCGACGUUGGCGUCUUUCCAGCAACCCGUAGAAACGACACCGUUCAGCUGGGGCAAAGGUUCCGCCGGUGAUAAACCUGUUCAAAAUUUGACACCACCUCAUUAUCAGCGCUUUGGUAAUGUGAAGAGUUUCGAGGUGUCAAAUAGCAUCGUGCCGAAUCAGGUAUCAAUACGCUCGACAACACCUUUAUCGAGGAGCAAGCCUUCCUACGAUACAGCUAGCACUACCGUUCAACCUUUCAGGAUACGUUAUUAUGAUUCGACAACAUCGUUGCCCGAGAAUCGGAAGACCAAUCCCGAAUCUCUCGUCACGGCUCGCAGCUCGUAUGUGAAGUAUAGGAACAGCUACAAUCGUAUAGAGGAUAGUCGCGAGGAAAGUACUCGUAAGCCCGUGGAAAAUCCAUUGACAACGGCAGCAACGACGAUCCGAGAUAACGUCGGGACUUUGAAUCCGAUCACCUCGACUGUCAUUCCAUAUACUGCUACCGUUGUUCGCGCAACUUCCGGCAAACCAAACACGUCGUCCACCAGACAUCCCAAUUCAUUGAACAACAAUCACUGGACCUCCUCGCCCAUGGUCACUCAUUUAUGGGAGACGACAGUGUUCGUGGAUCCUCAGCACAUCAAUCACGGUCUACAGUCGAGCGCGGAAGCCGUUAGAUCGCUCACCACUGAUAACACCAUAGAUAAAGAAUCGGAACGCAUUGUGGCAGCGACCACCACGAGAUCGUCGACGUUGUUCACUGACGUAGAUAUUGACGGAACGACAGAAGAGCGAACUACCACCAGUACGCCGAGUCCCUGGCAAUGGGCGACGAACGGCAACGAUUCGCCGGUAACGUUUACUCUGCUACCGACGACUUUUACUGCUGAGAACACGGCAACGCCGACGCCGCUUAUCACGACGCGAUCCAGCAUUACGACCACGAUAACGUCCUCGGUGACGUCGACCAAUUCCGUUCCUCGGGAUAAUUUGGCGUCCACCUUGCUGCCGAACGCAUUGAACGUCACCGAGAACGAGGUGAUCAAGGCCCAGGAAAUGUUCGGUAAGCUGAACGAGACGAGUUCCAACACAUUAAUGCGAGUAAUGAAACAGGCCGAUAAGAACGAGACAGUAAGACAACUGGUGCUGUUGCUGAUAAGCCAUUGCAACGGACCUAAAAACAAGACGACGGAGCAGGAGAAGGAACAGCUGUUGGACGCUCUUUUAAGAUUGCCAGUUAACGAAUUCAGCUCCGAAGAAUCGCGAGAGAUCGUUGCCGGUAUCAGCAGACUCAAUCUUCCUAGUGGAAAGACAGGAACGAUCAUUUUAUCAAAUUCCACAACGACGAAGGCUCCACAGGCGUCGUCCGUGAGACCAACGCCAUCCGCACCAUCCAUCACCACGUUCCGCAGUAAAACGGGACGGAGGUUCCGAACGACCACGGAAAGUGUCCACAGUUUUGCCAGAAGAUCGGACGAUGCUGUCCAGACGGACACGAACAAUUUCUUAGGGGAGGACGAGACCAUCGUAUCCGACAAUCGAGCUCUCGAGCUCCUCAGAUCGCUGUACACGAUAGCCGCCAAGUGGGGCUGAAGGACUGCACAAUCGACGACCGAUCGGAACUACGCGUGCGUCGGAAAAUUCGCGAGAUGAAGAUCUCUCUAAAGUAGACGAUCCAUCUGUCGAUACGUCUCUCGGAGUAGAUCGUUGCUGUCAUCACGUUAUUUCGUCUAGCUUAAUUUCGAGGAGGACUCGUAGAGCUCGAACGCGAUGAAUCGGUUUUGAUCUCGGCCCAUAAAUCGAUAAGUAAAAAUGAUAAGCAAAAAUUUGAUGUACGAAUGUUUCUUCUCAAGAUUCGAUGAUAUCGUAUUUCUUAUCGAAUAAGCUUCACGUGUGGUUAUUAUUGACUUUGCUAUUUUUGAAAAAAGAAAUUCUUGUUUUAUUACAAUGUUUGAUAUACAUUUAUUACAUUUUCGGAAAUUGAGAAAUUAGAUUUGAGCUAAAGAUUCGGUAUCUUUGCCUCGGAUCGAUAACAUGCCUCUAUACGACGAACGGCGAAGUUCGAUUUAACUUAGGGCCGAGAUUGACACCCGCGCUCGCGGAUAUUAAGUAGGUCGUGUGGCGACCGGUUUCUCAAAAUGUAAUCUGUGACGGCUGCUUGAUAUCCGCGAUCGAGCGUAACUCAUAUCGGAGUCCCGAUUGAUCAUCAAUCGAAAAAAUUAUGGUAUAAUGAUUAACCGGCUAUAGUCCGACAAUUAAGAUUAUAUAUUUGCUCUCGCCGUCCUUUUUAUUAAGAAUAAAACAUCGAUCGUCUUGAAACAUCGGCAACUUGCAAAAAAUGCCUGCCAUACUCUUCUUCCUUUCUGUUCAAUGACUUUCUGUUCAACGACUUUUGCAUGAAUGUUAUCGCGAAUAUUUAAUUUAAUUCUCUCGUUAUUGAAUAAUUUUAAUUGCUUAGCAAAGUAUCUUAAUACUUUUUACUUAUUUUUAGCAUGUAAUAAUACAACAAGAUAUUCUUGAAUUUUUUUCUUAUAAUAAUUUUAUAAGCUUGCUUAGUUACAUUGCAUAAUCGUGAAAUCAUUUGUCAAUAAUUUGUCUACAUUUGUCAAAAAAAUUACCUAUACGUUUUGAAAAAAUAAUUUUAUUUUGUUGCUAAACAAUUCGAUGAACAUUUAUGUAAUCCUUUUAAAUUUAUUUAAUCCUAUUAUAAUUAUCAUUUGGAAUAAGUUUAAUUUUAUUAUUGAUAUAUAGAACACGAGAGAAACUCACAAACAGUGAUUAUUAUUAUAUUCAAAACCCAAUUAUACUUGAUUAUACUCGAAAACAGUGAGUGUGCAACCGGCAUAAAGGAAUUUGUAUUACUAAUUCUCUCGCUCCGCACUUCUCAUAAUAUUGCCAAGUACAUCGUCAAAUUGCUACUCGUCUUUGUUGAAUAGCAUGCGAAAUUGGCGGAAUGUGUGAUGGCAUGUGGUGGAUUGCACCGUACGCUUAUGGUUAUUCGUACCGGUUUGACUCUAUAUGUGACACAAUUUCGCCCUUCCCCUCGCUUCCCUCAUUCCUCGCGUUUAUUAUUCCAAUUUCAGGUCUUUUUCCAGGUUCUUUUUUGAAAAAUCUUCAUCAAUUCCUAGAUAGUAUAUUAAUUCCCGCCAGCGGAAUUAAAUUGAUAUGAGCGGGUUGUGUCGAACUCUCCAUAGUUUCAUAAACUUGCCGUCGAACUGUUCUUACGUUCAGUAUUAUAUACGAAAAGAUUCCUCGAAGAGGAUCCGCUCAACAUCCAGCGGCGGAAUUAUUUAUUCAAUAUGUUUGCGCUAUUGCGAUUCCUAUGUCCCGGCUAACAGUAAGCUAACUUGUAUCUUUCAUGAAAUUACGGUGUUGGUAACGUUCUCUUUCGUUUGGGCAUUUCGGGAUCGGCGGCACUCUUUCCUCCUAAUCCCGAAACGUUCAAAUGGGGUUUCUAGGUCAUUAUUUAAGUACCGCGACUUUUAGCGACUUGUAGCCGUAUCGACUUUAUGUAAUAUACCUUUGUACAGUAUGUGAAUAAAUAAACAGGGUUUUGUUUA